AUGGCCGCGUCGACAAGUCUGGCGCUCGUGCUCGCCGUCGUCCUCUGCUGCGGCUGCGCGGCCACCGUGUCCGCUGCUGCUAACUCCUCCUCCGGCGACGACUUCCUGCGGUGCCUCACGGCCGGCGUGCCCAGCCAGCUCGUGGUCACGCAGGGCUCGUCGUCGUUCACGUCGGUGCUGGCGUCGUCCGUGCGGAACCCGAGGUUCCUGGCGCCCGGCACGGUGCGGCCGCUCUGCGUCGUGACGCCCACCAACGCCUCCCACGUCCAGGCCGCCGUGCGGUGCGGCCGCCGCCACGGGGUGCGCCUCCGCGUGCGCAGCGGCGGGCACGACUACGAGGGGCUCUCUUACCGGUCCGUGCGCCCGGAGGUGUUCGCCGUCGUCGACCUCGCCGGCGUCCGCGCGGUGCGCGUCAACCGCGGCGCGGCCACCGCGUGGGUGGACUCCGGCGCCACGGUCGGUGAGCUGUACUACGCCGUCGCCAAGGCGGAUCCUGGCCUCGCGUUCCCCGCCGGCUUGUGCCCGACCAUCGGUGUCGGCGGGCACUUCAGCGGCGGAGGCAUCGGCAUGAUGAUGCGCAAGUACGGCCUGUCCGUGGACAACGUCCUCGACGCCAUGGUCGUCGACGCCAAUGGGACUCUCCUGGACAAGAAGGCCAUGGGGAGGGACUACUUCUGGGCCAUCCGUGGCGGCGGCGGCGAGAGCUUCGGCAUCGUGCUGUCGUGGAAGGUUAGGCUCGUGCCGGUUCCACGGACAGUGACGGUCUUCAACAUCCAGAAGAGCAUGGACAAGGGUGCCGUCGACGCUGUCACCAAAUGGCAAACGCUCGCGCCGGAGCUCCCCGAGGAGCUUACCAUUCGGGUGGUCGUGCAGAACAAACAAGCUCGGUUCCAGUCGCUGUACCUCGGCACGUGCGACCAGCUCCUGCCGGUGAUGAGCUCCAAGCUCCCGGAGCUCGCCAUGACGCGCGCCGACUGCCAGGAAAUGAGCUGGCUGCAGUCCAUGGUGUACAUCAACGGCGCCGGCACCACAAGCACACCGGUGGAGGUGCUCCUGAACAGGACGACCAGCCUGAGCACCUACACCAAAAACAAGUCCGACUACGUGAAGCAGGCCAUCUCGAAGGCAUCCUGGGAGAAGAUCUUCCCGUGGUUCGACGGCGCCGGAGCCGGUCUAAUCAUCCUGGAGCCCAACGGCGGACGAGUCAGCGCAAUCGCCGACGGCGACACGCCGUACCCGCACCGGGCCGGCGUCCUCUACAACAUCCAGUACGUCGCGUUCUGGCCGACGACGGCGACGGCCGCCGUGCCGGACUGGAUCAAGAACGUGUACAAGUUCAUGGAGCCGUUCGUGAGCAGCAACCCGAGGGCAGCGUACGUGAACUACCGCGACCUGGACAUCGGCGAGAACACGGUGACCGCCGGCGGCGUGACGAGCUACGAGAGCGGCAGGUUGUGGGGCGAGAAGUACUUCGGCGCGGCCAACUUCCGGAGGCUGGCGCUGACCAAGGGGAAGGUCGACGCCGGCGACUACUUCCAGAACGAGCAGAGCAUACCUCCGCUUGUCACCAAGAAGUGAGCGAGCAGUAGGUAGGUAGCCAUGCACCUGACGUUUCUUGUGUGCUAGUUGGUGCAUCUCGAAGGCAUCCUGGGAGAAUAUCAACAUUAUUUGUUUCGUUCUGGAUAAUGGUUAUGAGGGAUUGUAAAUUACAAAAAUUGAAUAGAAUUUGUUAGAGUCCGGGUGCUCGAAAAUUUACAAAUUUUUGGUCAUCCAAAAUUGCACAUUGCUCAGCCUAGAAGUGCAGUGUUAUGUAUUAUGUAAUUUCAGUUUAU